AUGAGUAUUCUAGCAAGCCACCCUUGUGCUUGGUCGCCCACAGUUUGGGUGCAUCAUUUCAAGGGAAGAUAUCUUAGAGUUCCAUACUUUGGUUAUUCAAGUCGAGAUUCUCCUUCUAAAGAACCGGUUUUAUUUCAGGGUCAAAACCUUUUAAAUAGUUGCAGUCAAAGUGCAAGGCAAUAUCAACCUGUUUUUUCAGGUACAGUGGAUGAUGGGAUGGGUCCAGAUGACCCUGAAGAUGGGGUUGAUAAGGAUGUAUCUUCAGAAGGUGAAACUGAUGCGGUGAAUAGGGAUAUGGUCAGAGAAAAUCUUGAACGAAUCAUUGGUACUGAUGACUCUACUUUCAGUGGGAUAGAUCUGGCAACUCUUAUUAGGGACAAGUAUGGGAGGUCCUAUGAUGUUCAACUUAUAAAGAAGUAUCCAAGAAGCAUGGAAACCUCUAAGAAUGCCACAUGCCCAUGUUGCACAGAUUAUGAGAGAUUGGCCCCAGCUACUCAUGUAGAUGUGGCAGAGGCUAAAAUGGCCACUGAUGGUAAUGUUUCAAGGCAAGAACAGGUUAAAGAGAAAGAAUUAAAUUCAGCAGUAAACAUCCUCACAAAGCUUAAUCAUGAAAGAGGAAUUGAGAAGAGAGUGAAGAGGACCAGUCCGAAAGUCUGA